GUCUUCUCCCGAUUGCGCGACUUGUGGAGGGAGAUAUGGUUGACCCUGCACGUCGACCUAGGGACAGGGCUCCACGGUUCCAGUUCGACAUGUCCCUCCUCGCGGCACUUCUCGACCGUUGGCGUCCGGAGACGCACACGUUUCACCUCCCGGUUGGUGAGAUGACCCCUACUCUUCAGGACGUGGCGAUGCUUCUAGGCUUGCCAUGUGCUGGACGAGCUGUGGGUGCAGAGGACGUGGGACUCUCGUGGCGCGACGACCUUUUGGCUCGGUUCGCCGGGGUUCAGCGCAACGAGCUAGCGUUGCCGUACCGGCCCUUGCCAGCGAACCAUGCACACGGACCGACAAAGAGGUGGCUUCUACAGUUCAGUGCGGACUACAUGAGGGCAGACGCAGACGACUUUACGGUUGCCAGGCACUUCGAGGCCUACUUACUUUGGCUGUUCGGCUGGGUCAUGUUCUGCAGCUCGCAGGGUGACUCGUGCCCCAAACAGCUCAUUCCUUUGGCGAGGUCGAUAGCUGACGCUCCACUUCACGAGAUACCACAGUUCAGCUGGGGUUCUGCUGUUUUGGCUGCGAGUUACAGGGGUCUUUGCACGGGCGUGACGAAGGUCUCAGCAGAGGAGCCCAUUUUUGUUGGGUGUCCUCUACUGUUACAACUCUGGUCUUACGAGCGCUUUCCCGUCGGUAGGCCAGAGAUGGACUUCGAGCCGUACGUCCAGCUGUCCGCAGACCACGACGACGUCGACAGACCUACGAUGGGUUCGUUGUGGUGCCUCAGGAGUCCUUCUUGGGUCGGCGUGCAGACGAGGAAGUCGUACCACGACUUCGUUGGUCAGUUUGACGCUCUUGUGGACACGGACGUGAGGUGGACACGGCAGGGUCAGCCACCAGGCUCGCGGUGGGCCGACAAGGUCCGUCCUUACGUCGACUCUUAG